AUGAAGGGGGCAGGCAACAUGCGACAGAGCCAAGAAACUCGGUCACCCUUUGACCUGGCAAGGAUCUCCCAAGAGGGCUAUCGUAGUGGCGGGUUCCGGUCGAUCAACGAGGAGAUCCGACCUGACCUGAGAGGAAAUCCGGACCUGGCAGGGGUUGGAAUCUUCUUUCAGCAAUCCACGAAGGCGUCGUUCGCAUACGUGCAGAGCAUCAUUCAUGGCUCUUCAGCCGACAGAUGCGGGCUGAUUCAGCAUGGAGACCAAUUAGUAGCUGUUGCUGAAGCCGGUGAAUGGCCUCGAAAUGUCGAGGGACAAAAUUUGCACAUGAUCCGUGAUAAGAUUUUAGGCAAACAGGGAAGUUUUGUGAGACUGCAGAUGCGACGUCCAUCCACCAACGAAGUCUACGAAGUUGAACUGAUGAGAGGAUCGCCUGAAUUUAUCGAGAUUAUGCACGUCAGCUCUGAUCUCAAGGAGAAACAAAUUAGCAGCAACGCGAGAAUUCAAGAAUUAGAGUCGCAGGUUGCGAUGCUACGCAUGCAUUCCGACCGACUGCAGGCUCAUGCCCAGACGGUUCAAGUCGAAGAAGAUCCAAGAAUCGGGCCCCUCGAAGAAGAGUUGAGCGCAAGGAUGGAGGAUUUGAGGCGUUUCGAGGAAAUGCUCCUGGCUUCCAAGGAGAAAACAAGAGAAGCUAUCUUGGCUCGCGAUAAGUUUGCAGAGCAAUUGAAGGAUGUAAAGUCUGACUUUGAUCUUCUUAAAGAAAAGCUAUCCCUUUCCAAGGAAGAGGAAUCGAGGCUGGUGCAUGAAAACGAAUCUUUGAAAGGACAAAUCUCUUUGUUGAAGGUUGUCGCAAGCUUUUUCCGCAGCAUGAGAUGCAAGUUCUCAAUGCAGAGCUACAGAAUUGAAGUCCUCAGAUCAGAACUGCAGUCUAUCAAGGAGAGAGAUGCAAAGUUGGGUCAAAGGUUGACAUCUGGUCACAGAGCUAUAGCGCAGCAUUCUGAGCACUCGACGAAGAUGGCAGAUAAUGAGCCCACUCGUCAGAAGUUGUACUCAACUUCGUCAAGUGCUGCAAGCUCAGAAAACAAGUUGCAGUACUUUGCAUAA